AUGCGGUUCAACUACCUCUUCGCCCUCCUGACCUUGGGAGGCGUCGCUAUCGCGGCCCCUGUUGCUGCCGAGGCUGAAUCAGCAGUUUCCCAAGGCGGGAUUGGUUCGGGCAAGGGGGUCGGAGUUGGUUACGGCAGUGGUUCUGGUGGCGGCAUUGGCGCCGGUGCUGGCAGCGGUAGCGGUGUUGGCGCUGGCGGCGGUGAAGGUAAAGGUGCUGGCUUCGGUGCUGGUGGCGGCUUCGGUGCUGGUGGCGGCAUCGGUGUUGGAGUUGGUGAAGGCAGUGGUAGUGGAGGUGGCAGUGGUAAGGGCUUUGGAUUUGGAGCCGGAGAGGGAAGUGGCUAG